AUGACCUGCACCACCAGCAGCACCACCAGCACCAAUAGAACCACCAUCCCCAGCACCAGCACCAGCACCACCACCAUUACCACCACCAGCAGCAACACCACCACCAGCACCACCCACCAGCACCAGCACCAACACCACCAGCUCCAAUACCAGCGCCAUCAGCAUUACCAAUAUUACAACACCACCACCAGCACCACCGGCAGCAACACCGCCAGCAGGAGCAUCAGCACCAGCACCAGCAGCACCAUCACCAGCAACACUAGCACCAGCAUUCCCAGCACUAGCACCAGCACCAACACCACCAGCACCACUACCAGUGCCAUCAGCAUUACCACUAUUAGUACCAGCAACACCAGCAGCACCACCAACAGCACUCACACCAGCACCAUGACCUGCACCACCAGAAGCAGUACCACGACCUGCAGCAGCAGCAUCGCCAGCACCACCAGCAGCAGUACCACCACCAGCACCACUACCGCCAGCACCACCACAACCAGCACCACCAGCAGCAGCUCCACCAGUAGGAGCAUCAUCACCAGCAACAGCAGCACCACCAGCAACACUAGCACCAGCAUUCCCAAAACCAGCACCAGCACCAACACAACCAGCACCACUACCAGCAUCAUCGGUAUUACCACUAUUAGCACCAGCAAAACUACCAGCACCACGAACAGCACUCACACCAGCAGCACCACCACCAGCAGCACCACUGCUACCGCCAGGACCACCACUGCCAGCACCACCACUGCCAGCAGCUCCACCAGCUACACCAACACCACCAGCACCAGCACCAUUACCAGCACUACCACCAGCACCACCACCACCAGACCACCACUGCCAGCACCACCACUGCCAGCAGAUCCAGCACCCACACCAGAACCACCACCACUACCAGCACCACAGCCACUGCCAUCAUCAGCACUGGCAGCACCACCAUUGACCACCACCGCCAGCACCACCACUGCCAGCAGCUCCACCAGCUACAUCAACACCACCAGCACCAGCACCAUUACCAGCACUACCACCAGCACCACCAUCACCAGCAUGACCACCAUCACCAGCACCACAAACAUCAGCACCACCACCAUUAGCACCACCAGCAGCACCAGCACCACCACCACCAGCAGCACCGCCACCAGCACCACCAUUAGCAGCACCAUCACCAGCUCCAGCACCACCACCAGCACCACCACCACCACCACCAGCAAAACCAGCACCAGCACCACCAGCACCACCACCAUCUCCACCAAGAGCACCACCGCCAGCACCUCCACAAGCACCACCACACUACCACCACCAGCACCUCGACCAGCACCACCACACCACCAGCACAACAACCAGCAGCACCAUGACCUGCACCACCAGCAGCAGCGCCACCAGCAGGAGCACAGCCACCAGCACCAGCAUACCAGCACCACCAGGAACACCGCCACCAUCAGCAACACCACUACCAGCGCCACCACCACCACAAGCAGCAGCAUCACAACCAACACCACCAGCACCACCACUACCAGCACCAGUAGCACCACAUUGACCUGCACCAGAACAAGCAGCACCACCAGCGCCACUAGCACCAGCACCCGCAGCAUCACCACCAGUACUUCCACCGCCAGCACCUCCACCAGCAUCACCAACUCCACCAGCACCAUGAACACCACCACCAAAUGGAACACCACAAGCACCAGCACCACCAGCAGCAGCACCAUCACCAGCACCAGCAGCACCACCAGCACCACCACUAGCAGUACCAGCAGCCGCACCACCACCAGCACCACACCCACCACCAGCACCACAUCCACAACAACCAUCGCCAGCAUCACCACCAGCACCACCAGCAAAACCAGCACCACCACCACCACCAGCACUUCUGCCACCAGCAACACCAGCAGCAGCACCAUCACCAUCUCCAACACCACCACCAGCACCCCCACCAGCACCACCAGCACCACCAUCACCAGUAACAGCAGCACCACCAGCGCCAGCACCACCAGGAACACCACCACCACCAGCAGCAGCAGCCCCACUAGCACCACAUCGACCUGCACCUCCACCAGAAGCACCACCAGCACCACUAGCACCAGCAGCCCCAGCACCUCCACCAGCUCCACCAAAUCCACCAGCACCACGAGCACCACCACCAAAAGGAACACCACUCACUACCACCACCAGCAGCACCACUGCCACUGCCAGGACUACCACUGCCAGCACCACCACUGCCAGCAGCUCCCCAGCUACACCAACACCACAAGAACAAGCACCAACACUAUCACCACCACCAUCACCAGCACCACAACCACCAUUAGCACCACCAGCAACACCAGCACCAGCAGCACCAGCGCCACCACCGCUAGCAGCACCACGGCCACUGCCAGCACAAGCACCACCACUGCCAGCACUGCCACCAGCACCACCACCACCAGCACCACCACCACUAGUACCACCAGCAGAAGUACCACCACCAGCAGCACCGCCAGAGCCACCAGCACCACCACCAGCAUCACCACGACCUGCACCACCAGCAGCAGCAACACCAGCAGGUGCAGCACUACUAGCACGACCACCACAAGCAGCAGCACCACUACCAGCACUAGCAGCACCACCACACCACCACCAGCAGCACCACGACCUGCACCACCAGAAGCAGUACCACGACCUGCAGCAGCAGCAUCGCCAGCACCACCAGCUGCAGUACCACCACCAGCAUCACCACCGCCAGCACCACCACAACCAGCACCACCAGCACCACUACCAGCACCAUCGCACCACCAUCAGUACUUCCACAGCAAGCACCUCCACCAGCACCACCAACUCCACCAGCACCACGAGCACCGCCACCAAAAGGAACACUACUGUCAGAUCCUCCGCCACACCACCAGCAGAAGCACCACAACCAGCACAAGCAGCUCCACCAGCACCAUUAGCACCAGCAUCCCCAGCACCAGCACCACCAGCAGAUCCCAAACAAGCAACACAACCACCAGCAGCACCACUGCCACUGCCAGGACCACCACUGCCAGCACAACCACUGCCAGCAGCUCCACCAGCUACACCAACACCACCAGCACAAGCACCAGUACCAGCACCACCACCACCAGCACCACCACCACCAUCACCAGCACCACAACCACCAGCACCACAAGCACCACCAGAACCAGCACCACCACCAUCAGCACCACCACUACCAGCACCAGCACCACCAGACGCAGCACCAUCACCAGCUCCAGCAUCACCACCAGCACCACCACCAACACCAGCACCGCCAGCACCACCACCAGCACCAGCCCCACCAGCACCAGCACCACCACCACUCUCCACCAGCUACACCAACACCACCAGCACAAGCACCAGCACCACACCACAACCACCAGCACCACAAGCACCACCAGAACCAGCACCACCAACACCACCACCAUCAGAACCACCACUACCAGCACCAGCACCACCAGACGCAGCACCAUCACCAGCUCCAGCAUCACCACCGGCACCACCACCAACACCAGCAACACCACCAGCAUCAGAACCAGCACCAGCACCACCACCAGCACCAGCACCACCAGCACCAGCACCACCACCACUGCCAGCACCACCACCAUCUCCACCAACAGCCACACCACCAGCACCAUCAUCACCAGCACCACAAGCACCACCAGCACCAACACCAUCACCAGCACCACAACCACCAGCACUACCAGAACCGCCAGCACCACCAGCACCAGCACCACCACCAACACCACCACCAUCAGCACCCAGCAGCACCAGCACCAGCUCAUGCAUCCCAGCACCACCAACAGCACUACCACCACCAGCAGCACCACCAGCAAAACCAGCACCACCAUCACCACCAGCACCACCAGCACUAUCAGUAUCAGCACCAAAAGCACCACCAGCACCACCACCAGCAGUACAACCAGCAGCAGCACCGCCAGCAGUGCCAGCACCACCAGCAGCAUCAGCACCACCACCAGUACCACGACUACCACCACCACCACCAGCACCAAGGCCACGGCCAGCACCACCACUGGCAGUGCCACAACUGACAGCACCUCCACUAGCUCCACCAACACCAGCAGCACAAACAUCAGCACCACCACCAACACCAGGAACACCAACACCACCAGCACCAGCACCACCAGCACCACCUGCACCACCACUACCAGCAUCACCACCACCAGAAUGACCACCAGCACCACUAGCACCAGCAUCAGCUUGACAACCACCAGCACCACCAGCACUACCACUACCAGCACCACCAGCACCAGCACCAGCACCACCACAAGCAACACAACGACCAGCACCACCACCACCAUCACCAGCACCACAACCACCAGCACCACAAGCACCAGCAGAACCAGCACCACCACCAACACCACCACCAUCAGCACCACCGCUACCAGCACCAGCACCACCAGACGCAGCACCAUCACCAGCUCCAGCAUCACCACCGGCACCACCACCACCACCAGCACCACCACCAGCAGCAGAACCAGCACCAGCACC